AUGGGAAAUUCUGAAAGUACACCGUUGCCUGGAGGAGGAUCUCAAGGAUAUCACGUUUUAAGAGUAAGUUUGAGGGUUUUAUGACUUGCUUUAGGUCUGAAACAAUUGGUGAAGAUUUCGGAGUGUUUAUUUUUGUAAUUCGUUGUGUUUAUUUUUAUGUAAAUAUUUAUUUUUUAGGUACAAGACAACUCUCCAGGUCAGUUAGCUGGACUAGAAGCCUUCUUUGACUUUAUUGUGGCUGUUGGUAACAAACGUUUGGUAACUUUUUAUUUCUUUUAUAAACCUUAAAAGUCCUGCUUUUAUAAAAAGUCUUGAAACUUAAUAUUAACGAUACAACUUUAGGAUCAAGAUGACGAGAGUUUCAAGCAGAUUCUCAGCAGCAGCAUCGACAAACCCUUGGAGCUAACUGUCUAUAACAGGUAACUCGACUUUAUAUUGUUUUAUUUGUUUAGUAAAUCACAAACCGUCCGCCAGACUCAGAUCGUGCCUUCCAACUCGUGGGGAGGACAAGGAAUUCUGGGCAUUUCGAUUCGUUUCUGCUCAUUUGAUGGAGCUAACCAGAAUGUUUGGCAUAUCAUCUCAGUUCACCCCAAUUCUCCAGCUUAUCAGGCUGGCUUACAGGCUGAAGCUGACUACGUCCUUGGAGCGGAAUCUGUUCUACAACAAGCUGAUGACUUGAUAGCGUUGGUUCAGGCCAAUGUUGGAAAGGCUUUGAAGUUGUAUGUCUACAAUGUCAAUACAGACGCCGUUAGGGAAGUAAGUAAACCAUCACUUUUCAUAGAAUUUGCUAUAACAGUAAUACGAAUAAUACGUUUUUAGGUAAUAAAAUUUUCAUUUUGUGUCAUUAUAGGUAACUCUAACUCCAAAUGACGGAUGGGGAGGUGAUGGGUACCUUGGAUGUGACAUUGGAUACGGUUAUCUUCACCGUAUUCCUGCUUCUGUUGAUCGUUCCAACGCUCCAGUAGUAGCUCCCGAGAACGUUGCUGUACCAAGCAGUAAUAUUGCACAACCUGGCUUCACGGGAAUUCCACAAGUAGACCAGAUUCAGUCGAGCUCGGCCAAUCAGGUAGCAGCUCCUCAAUUCCCUGACCCUAGUCAGUUCUCCAUGCCACCUCCAGCUGAUGUCACAACUUCAGCUGUUCAUGUUUCUUUUCCAGUUCAGGAAAAUGGGGCUUCUACUUCUCAUAAUGUUGUAAGUGUUUUGUUUUUUAUCAACUUUAAUACCUAAACUAUGUAAAUUGAGUAUAAAUCUUAAGAAUGUUGCAGUAUUUUACAUAAGUCUGUAUUUCCAGGGAGUCAGCUCACCAUCACCAGUAUCUACGAUACCCCCGGUAGUUUCAUAUGAACCACCAAGUGUCCCAAAUCAAUAUUCUCAUCAAGCUGUUUCCCAGGAGAGCGCCCAAAUUAAUUACCAUAAUGUCUCUUAUGAUAAUACGGCUCCACCUACUGUAACAUCUCCACCACAAUCGAAUUAUCCUCCUUCUAGCUACUACAAUGCUCAAUACCCUUACCCACCUCAAGUGAGCUCGCCCCCAACACAACCGAUGCCACCAUCCAACCUUCCUCCAUCAAACCCUCCACCAUCAAGUGUUCCACCUCCAAGUAUUCCCCAAUCUUCAGCGCCUGUGAAUCCUCCUCCAACCCCAGCUGAAUCUGUUGGACAACCUUCUUACGCUCCUUCUCCGACAUUCCCCCAGCAAGUCUACUCUCCACCCAACUUUGCACAAGGAAUCAGUCAAACACCCAUCCAGAACCAGCCAGAAGUCCCCAUUAACACAAGCAGUUAUCAACCUUACCUGGCAUAUGGUGCUCCAGUACCCCCUACCUAUCAACAGGAUGCAUACAACAACACUGGUUAGUUUUUUACUACUUUAUGUAAACCAUAGUUAGGAAAAUAUCGAAUAGUUAACAUUUUUACAGAAAAUUACUUUUCAGCUCCUCAACAGCCCCCACAAUCUUAUUAUCAGUACCAGCCCCCAACCCAACCACCAUCCUCUCUUCCCCAACCCCCAAUGGUACCACCUAGUCUCAAUUUCCCGAUGCCGCCCUUGUCAUCGCUUGGCAUCAACACGUUAGUACCGCCAGUAGGACAAUAUGCACAAGCGGAUCCCAACGCGAAACCACAAUUUUAA